CGACCGGACUGCCUCCCGCUCCGCGCCGGCAGCGCAGCGGCCAUGGGGGCGCGGCUGGCCCGGCGGACCGGACCCGAGGCGGCCUCGGAAGCCGGGGCGGCGGCGGGGUGCGGGCCCGCGCCCUAUGAGCGCCGGGUGCGCUGGCUCCGCGAGAUCCAGUCCACGCUCCGCGAGCGGCGGCCCGAGCGCGCGCGGCAGCUGCUGCGCCUCCUGCGCCAGGCGAGAGAAGGAGCGGGUCGGCCCGGGGCUGGAGGCCGGGGAGGGGCCAGAGCUGCAGGCUGCGGGCCUGGAAGGGGCCGGGAGGACCUGGGCCUCGAGGGGACCCUCCUCACCGACAUCCUCUAUAGGAAUGUGGCCUUCCUCAAUCUGGUGGAUCCUAUCUCCCAUGACCUGCUCGUGAACCUGGCCCGUGACCUGCAGUGCCCCAAGACGGACUAUGAGCUCUGGAAGUCCUCGGACAAGAUCUGCCGACAGCUCAUCUACCACCUCACCCCUCACUCCAAGCGGCAGCGAGGAUCCAGCCUGCUCCAGAGGAAGACCCAGAGCUGCCUCAAGAGCAGCCUCCAGGUGACUCAGCUGGCUGGGGAGACCGUGAACCUGUCGGGGAUUCCACUGUCAGCGCGGGAUGUGCAGCACAUUGUGCGCUACCUGGGAAACCAGGGAGCCGGGCUCACGGUGCUGGACCUGAGCUUCACGGGGCUCAGCGAUGAGCUUCUGCGCCUGCUGCUACCCAGCCUCUGGACGCUGCCCCGCCUCACCCAGCUCCUGCUCAACGGCAACAGGCUGACGAGGGCCACUGCCCGUGAGCUCACUGAGGCCGUCAAGGACUCCACCAAGUUCCCCGCGCUGGCCUGGGUAGACCUGGGCAACAAUGUGGACGUGGCCUCCUUGCCCCAGCCCCUGCUGGUCGGCCUACGCCGGCGGCUGAGCCAGCGCACCUCACUCCCCACCAUCUAUGAGGGCCUGGACCUCGAGCCUGAGGGUAGUGAGGCCAGGGCCACCUCUGCUGCCUCCACCUGGGGCUCUGCAGCUGCCGAGCCAGGGUCGGAGCCUCAGGCCUGCUGCACGAGGUGACCUGCCACCACCCUGGCUGCUGCUACCUGACUGCCAGUGGCACAUGGGAUGGGGGAUGAUGGAGGCCUUCUAGGUCCCCAGAAAUCCAGUGUAAAUACUCAGCCUGGGAUUAAGGGGAUGGAAGGAGAAUGGGUUCACUAGAGGCUAGAUGGUCAGCCCAGGAUGGAGUCUCAGACUUCCCUCAGCAGGAGGGCCCAGAACCUGCUGUGCCGAUCCCACAGUAAACAGAGAUGCCCCCCUCUGCCUCAGCCUUUCUGCACCAUGGACCUCAGGGCCACUGAGCGCCAGCUUGCUUCUGGGGUGGGGAAAGGGGUGGCCAAAGACUCAGGGACACUGCACACCUGAAAGGGAGGGACCAAGCUCUCACUGACUUACCCCAGGUAUUACUCCCUGAGAAGACACCAAGGUGUAGGGGUCAGGUCCAUCUGUGGGCUGGGGAGUUAGGGGAGGCCUCCAGGGACCUCGCCUUCACAUCUGGGUGGGGCUUGGAGAAGAGCAGUUGGGAGGGCACAGAGGGGCAAAGCUCAGAAUGGAGCCCCACAGCAACCUUGGGCCUGAGCCCAGGAUGCUGACCUCCCCACCAGGGAGGGCCCCUUGGGCUGAGGACAAGACUGUGCUGACAGGAGGCAAGGUUCAUCUCCCACAGAUGGACAAGUGCUGCCCACCACCCCUAGGAACCCCCCCCCCCACCAGGCUCCCUGUACUGAGUCAGUGGGGAACUCCAUGGGGUUAGGAGAUACCUUAGACCAGAGACAAAGGGCUUGUGUGUUCCCUCCAGGCCCUGGAGGCCCGUGUGCACAGUCUUCCCCUCUGGGGGACUCCAAGAAAGCAUGCAGGACGUGGGGGCGGGUACAUCUAGCAGCAGGGGACUUGGGGUGGAGCAUUCCGAGGGCUUCCCAGGGGUAGUCUGCUCCCAGAAAGGGGCUAUCUUCCCUCCCCACAAGGACCAUCAGGGCAGGCUCUGGAUCAGAAGCCUAAAGCCAUGGUCAGCCUCACAGCCUUGUGCGGAGAGCUGGAGUACAGCCCAACUAGAAGUUGGACAGGACAAAGACAAGGAAGGAAUUUGAACAUGUCUGGGGGGGAAACUGAGGCCCAGAGUGGGGAAGACAGCAGCCUAAGUCUCCCAUGCAGAGCCAGGUCAGGUCUGGGGCAGUGGGGAUCCUCACAGAUGAGGAGAGACCUGGAGGCAGAGAAAAGCCCUCUGGGCCAAAGAGAAGGUAGGACUCUCCCAGGCCCACCAGCUAACCCUCCUCCGCAGUGGGGCCCACGGGGGACCAUGAGUCAGCACGGAUUCCAGGCUGGCUAGAUACGCAACAGCCCCUUGAGUGAGAAAGGAGAUGACCAAGAAGGGCGAGGACAGGGAGGUGCUGAGUUCCAGGACCAGGAAGGAGGUGGGGAGGAAAAGGAGCUCCCUUUCUACUGCUGCCUGCCCACCCCAAGGGCAGGCCCCUGCCAGUCUGGCUGCUUUUGGAGAAACCUUUAUCCGGAGGUGGUGAGAAGGGUGUGGAGAACACCAAGUUCAGCCCAGCUCUGCUCCUGACUUACUGUUGGGACCUGGCCAGGGCCUCCUCUCUCCCUGCCUUGGGUAAAUAGGACUGCCUGUCCAUAGUACCUUCCAGCUCUCAACCCUCCAGCCUGGGGUCCUGGCCCUGUCAGUCCUCCUUGUUUUAAAGACUCGGGCUUGCCCAUUGUGCUCUUACUCUGGAACAGGGGGCUCAGGCUCCCCAGAGCAAGGCAAAGUGGGGUGGGAGAUGAAAGGGGCCAGCUUGGAGAAGGAUAGGGAAGCCAGCCUUGCACUGGGCAGGCUUGUAAGUCCGUCAUAGGCAGGCAGCAGUGUUCUCCUGUGACUCCUUGCUGGAGAAAUGCCAAGCUCUCUGGCCCUCCUGCCCCCCUCACUCCCUGCCCACCACUGGCCCAAAUCCAGCCCACAAACCUUGAACGUUGCCGCUGGGAGAGACUCCUACCGGGAUGGUGUGAGGACCUGAGCCGGGUGUCACUAGGCGAGCUCUGGGAGAAUUCAGGCAGCGGCAGCUGGUCUCAAUCUCCCCGCCUCUCAGACGGAGGCACGCAAUGCAAUAGCUGAGCUAGAGCACAAAACAGCUCAAGAGAAGAGGGUUGGCUUUGUUGCCAGGCAGGUGUCCACAACCCCUUCACGUGCCCUCAUGUCAGGGCCUCACGGCCACCAGUGAGGCUACUCUACAGGCAGGUACACUCCAAGAGGAGGGGGCUUGUGUCUCUCAAAGCUUGGUGGGCAGAGAGGACAUGCCAGGCGGGCUCCAGCCCGAGUUCCAGACCCAAGAGGAAGCAGGUAGGCCUUGCCCAGCCCCAGUCUUGGAGGCAGACAGACUCAGCCUGGUUCUGGCUCUGUCACCCACUGGUGGUAUCCUCUCAGGGUUCGUUCCUUCAUCUUGGGAACCAGGUAUAUCAAGUCUCCCCUUGCUCUGUUGGAGAGAGCAUGAUAUAAGGUUUGGAAAGUGCCUGCUACGUGGGGGGCACAGGGCAGGCACUCUUCAGCGUCAGUGGGGCCUCCACCCAGGGAUCUCAGAAUGGAAAUGGCAGGAGCCCAAACCUUUGGGACUAAAGCCGAAGCCAUGCAUUUAUUUGGAGGGCACUUCUGUAGCCUUUCUGUUGGCAAAGUAUUGUUCUGAUGGCUUUACAUUUCGUUAAUGCUCUUCAUACUUAUGAGUGAGUAAACUGAUACGGGGACAGGUUAAGUGAUCUGUCCAAAGUCAAAGAGCUAGAAACCGAAGGAGCCGGGAUGUGAGGGGGAGGCCCACAUUGUCUGUGAUGCUACCCCCUGCCUGAUGCUGCCUAUCCCACAGCCAGCCUGGGGGCUGAGGAUUCACUGGAACUCUUGAGCAAGCCUCUGCCAAAGACACCAUUCGAUACAGGAGACCAUCACAGCGCUCUGAUGGCAGACGUCCUGCUGCGGGAGGGACCCUCAGCCACAUUGCCCCUAAAGCAGGACCAAUCAGGACCUCUCUGGGCCUGUUGCCUCGUAUACAAAAUUGAGGAGGGGGGAGGGGAACAGUGAGGAUCUAGGCUUUGCCCUCUUCCACGACUGAAAGGGACAAAUGGGGAGUGGGUUCAGAAGUACUCAUCAGACCAAGUGAAGCCCAGCCUCAUACUCAGGGGUGCGGGAUCCAUGCCCACAUCAGACAGCCUGGGACAACUCCAGCUGCCUUCACCUCUCUGGGCAUCAGCCUCCUCAAACCUAAACCUGCCUUGCCAGGAUGUUAAGAGAAUCAAAAGGAAACAUGUAGAAAAGAUACCUGUGCAGGGCUUGAACUCAAAAACUAUGAGAUCAUGACCUGAGCUGAAAUCAAGAGUUGGACGCUUAACUGACUGAGCCACCAGGCACACCUUCAAUUUUUUUAAAUGUUUAUUUUUGAAAGAGACAGAGUGCAAGUGGGGAAGGGCAGAGAGAGAGGGAAACACAGAACCUGAAGCAGGCUCCAAGCUCUGAGCUGUCAGCACAGAGCCCGACAUAGGGCUCGAACUCACGGACCACGAGAUCAGGACCUGAGCUGAAGUCAGACGUCCAACCGACUGAGCCACCCAGGCGCCCCUUAAUUUUUAAAAAUUGUAUCAUUUUUGGAGCACCUGGGUGGCUCAGUCGGUUAAGUGUCCGGCUCUUGAUGUCAGCUCGGGUCAUGAUCUCAUUGUUUGUGAGUUCAAGCCCUGCAUCGGGCAAGGCACUAACAGUGAGGAGCUUGCUUGGGAUUCUCUCUUUCACUCUCUCUCUGCCCCUUCCCCACUCUCCCUCUCUCAAAAUGAAUAAACUUUAAAAAAAAUUAAAAAAUAAA